AUGAUCACCAAGAGCUUCGUCUGGGGCAUACUGCCCGUCCUCGCCGCAGCCGCCAACUCAACCUUCGACUACAACGCCCUCAGCCUCCGAACCGUCGGCGCCCGCAACACAUUAGACUGGCGCAUCUGGCUCGAACACCACAACGAGCCCAUCUCCUUCUGGCACGACAUCCCCCUCCACCCCUCCCAAGACAAGCAGAUAAUAAACUUCAUCGUCGAGAUCCCCCGCCACACCGACGGCAAGAUCGAGAUCGCGCGCUCCGAGCCCCUGAACCCGAUCUUCCACGACGCCCGCGACGGCCGUCCCCGCUACGUCGAGAGCGUCUGGCCGCACAAGUCGUAUCCCUUCGUGUACGGCUCCAUCCCGCAGACCUGGGAGAGCCCGAACUUCAACCAUAGCUUUACGGAUGCGCCGGGGGACAAUGACCCCGUUGACCUGUUUGAUAUCGGGCAGGAUCCUGGGUUCGUUGGGCAGGUGAAGCGGGUUAAGGUUCUGGGGGCGCUGGCGCUGAGGGAUGGCGGGGAGACGGAUUGGAAGGUCCUUGGGAUUGACGUUGAUGAUCCGAUUGCGUCGUUGGUCGAUGACUUCAACGAUGUCGACAAGUACCGCCCCGGUCUAAUUGAUUCCUACCGCGACUGGUUCACUUACUACAAAGUCCCACGCGGCGACGCCCUAAUCCCCAUCGUCAACAACACCUACGUAAACGCCACCUUCGCAACGUCCAUCAUCGCGCAAAGCCACACCUACUGGCUCGACCUGGUCAAGGGAGCCGUCGACUCCAACGAAAUCAACUACAACCAGACAUCCCGCCCGGAUAUCCCGGGCAGCUUUGUCUCCAGGUACAAUGCCACCGCGCACCUGGGGCUUCCGGCGCAGUCGGAUGAGUUGCCGGCGCAGCCGAAGCUUGAACGGUAUGAGCAGUGGUUUUAUCUUGAUGGGGGGUAUGGGGUUAUUGGGGAGAAUGUUGUUUGA